UCUUUGCGAGAACGAGGAGUCGGUGGAAGUUAGUUAGUCGUGGUUGUGGCCUUGUGGGCUGCUUAGGUAGAGCCAUGGCGACUAAUGACUCCACCGCGACGUUGCAGACAAUUAAAAAAGUUCAGUUUGGAAUACUCGGGCCUGAUGAAGUUCGACAAAUGUCAUCCACCCCUGGUGGAAUCAGGUAUCCUGAGACUAUGGAGCGUGGCAGACCCAAGCUCGGUGGCUUGAUGGAUCCACGUCAAGGAGUCGUGGAUAGAUCUGCACGAUGUCAGACGUGUGGUGGCAACAUGAACACAUGCCCAGGCCAUUUUGGGCAUAUUGACUUGGCUAAGCCAGUGUUUCACAUUGGCUUCAUGACGAAAACAGUCAAAGUCCUUCGUUGCGUCUGUUUCUUCUGCUCAAAGCUACUCAUCGACACGAGCACGGAGGUAGUGAAGGAAAUUGUCAAGAAAACACACGGCCGGCCCGGCCGCCGUCUUGCUGCCAUUUACGACCUGUGCAAGAACAAGAAAGUGUGCGAAGGUCUGGAUGAGACUGAAGGUGAUGGUGACCAGGCAAAGAAAGUGUCUCACAGUGGUUGUGGUCGCAAUCAGCCAAAGAUCAAGCGGACUGGCUUGGAUCUUGUUGGAGAAUGGAAAAAUGUGGAUGAAGACUCACAGGAGAAGAAAAAGCAACUAACAGCUGAGCGUGUCCUUGAGGUUUUCAAGCGCAUUACCGAUGAAGACAGUAUGAUUCUUGGUAUGGAUCCUCGCUACUCCCGUCCUGAUUGGAUGGUCAUUACUGUCCUGCCCAUUGCUCCACUGCCCGUGAGGCCAUCCAUUGUGAUGGGUGGUGGCUCUGCCAGAAGUCAGGAUGACUUGACUCACAAACUAGCCGACGUGGUGAAAGCCAACAACAACCUUCGGCGCAAUGAACAAAACGGCGCUGCUGCACACAUCAUUUCUGAAGACACGAAGCUGCUGCAGUUCCACGUCUCCACCAUGGUGGACAAUGAAAUUCCAGGCAUGCCGCGCGCUAUGCAAAGGUCAGGUCGUCCCCUGAAGUCCAUCAAGCAGCGGUUAAAAAGCAAAGAGGGUCGUGUGCGUGGUAACUUGAUGGGAAAGCGUGUUGACUUCUCAGCGCGUGCUGUGAUCACACCAGAUCCCAACCUUUCGAUUGAUCAAGUUGGAGUGCCACGUACUAUUGCUCAGAAUCUGACCUUUCCGGAAGUUGUAACACCGUUCAAUAUCAACCAGAUGCAUGCCCUGGUUGGUCGUGGGCACAAUCAGUACCCGGGAGCCAAGUACAUCAUCCGUGACAACGGUGAUCGAAUUGACUUGCGUUUCCAUCCCAAGCCCAGUGAUCUCCAUUUGCAAUGCGGCUACAAGGUCGAACGGCACAUCAUUACUGGCGACAUUGUCGUCUUCAACCGUCAACCAACUCUUCACAAGAUGAGUAUGAUGGGUCACAGAGUGCGGAUUUUGCCCUGGUCGACGUUCAGAUUGAAUCUCAGUGUGACAACGCCGUACAAUGCCGAUUUUGAUGGUGAUGAAAUGAACCUUCACGUCCCUCAGUCGUACGAGACUCGCGCUGAAGUCCAGCAAUUGGCGAUGGUACCACGUAUGAUUGUCACGCCCCAGUCCAAUCGUCCUGUGAUGGGAAUUGUGCAGGAUACCCUCACAGCUGUGCGCAAGAUGACUAAGAGAGAUGUCUUCAUUGACAAGGAAAACGUGAUGCAGCUGCUGAUGUGGAUUCCCAACUGGGACGGGAAGAUCCCGCAGCCCGCCAUCCUCAAGCCCAGGCCACUGUGGACGGGCAAGCAGCUCUUCUCGCUGCUUAUUCCAGGCUGUGUCAACUGCGUCCAGUACCACAGCACCCAUCCGGACGAGGAGGAUGACAGUCCAUACAAGCACGUCUCUGUUGGUGACACCAAGGUGUUGAUUGACAAUGGUGAGUUGAUCUGCGGCAUCCUGUGUAAGAAGUCCCUUGGUACGUCCGGCGGCAGUUUGGUGCACAUCGUCUUCAUGGAGGAGGGCCACGAGAUUGCGCGCCAAUUCUACGGUAACAUCCAGACUCUGGUCAACAACUGGCUCAUGAUGGAAGGCCAUUCGAUCGGAAUCGGUGACUGUAUUGCCGACUCCGACACCUACAGUGAAAUCCAGCGCUACAUUGGGCAGGCUAAGCAAGAUGUCAAUGACAUUAUUGAGAAAGCUCACAAUGACGAGUUGGAGCCGACUCCGGGUAACACAUUGCGGCAGACCUUUGAGAACCAGGUGAACCGCAUAUUGAACGAUGCCCGUGACAAAACUGGUGGCUCUGCUCAGAAGUCUCUGUCCGAGUUCAACAACUUCAAGGCUAUGGUGGUAGCUGGCUCCAAGGGAUCCAAGAUCAACAUUUCUCAGGUCAUUGCGUGUGUGGGUCAGCAGAACGUUGAAGGAAAGCGUAUUCCGUUUGGCUUCCGUCACCGCACCUUGCCGCACUUCAUCAAGGAUGAUUACGGUCCUGAGAGUCGUGGCUUUGUGCAGAACUCCUAUCUUGCCGGACUGACGCCCAACGAAUUCUUCUUUCACGCCAUGGGAGGUCGUGAAGGUUUGAUCGAUACUGCUGUCAAGACCUCAGAAACUGGCUACAUUCAGCGUCGGCUGGUCAAAGCUAUGGAGUCGCUGAUGGUUUGCUACGACGGUACCGUGCGUAGCUCAACCAACGAGUUGAUCCAGCUGGUGUAUGGUGAGGAUGGCAUGGAUGGUGCACGUAUGGAGUUCCAGCAGUUGCCCACUGUGAAGCCGUCUCACAAUGCCUUCAACCGCCAGUUCAAAUUUGACUACACAGAUGAGCGUUCUAUGAAGCGGGCCAUGGGUGAGGACAUUGUUCAUCAAGUUCUCAAUGACGCCCACAUUCAGGCACAGCUUGAGCGCGAGUAUGCUCAACUGCGGGAAGACCGAGAGCUUCUUCGGCGCAUUUUCAGCAAGGGUGACAGCCGGCUGGCCAUGCCUGUCAACCUGAACCGUAUCAUUUGGAACGCACAGAACAUCUUCCACAUUGACAAGCGGCGGCCAACUGACUUGCAUCCGGUGCAUAUCGUGGACCAUGUGCAAGCGCUGAGCGAGAAGUUGAUUGUCAUUCCUGGCGACGACAAGCUCACAAAGGAAGCUCAGUUCAACUCUACUCUACUCUUCAAUAUGCUUCUUCGUUCGGUAUUUGCCAGCAACAAAGUGAUCUACACACAUCGCUUGACCCAGGAGGCAUUUGACUGGGUCCUGGGUGAAGUAGAAUCCAGGUUCCAGCAGGCUAUGGUGGACCCUGGUGAGAUGGUUGGUGCGCUGGCCGCCCAGUCACUCGGUCAGCCUGCCACACAGAUGACAUUGAACACUUUCCAUUACGCCGGUGUCUCUGCCAAGAACGUCACACUUGGUGUACCGCGUCUCAAGGAAAUCAUCAACGUGUCUCGGCGACCAAAGACACCCUCGCUGACUGUGUACUUGCUGGGAGCCGCAGCACACGAUGCUGAGAAGGCAAAGGACGUACUGUGUCGUCUUGAGCACACAACGCUGCGCCGAGUGACUUCCUCCACUGCUAUCUACUAUGAUCCAGACCCGAACAACACGGUAAUUGCAGAGGAUCAGGAGUUUGUCUCCAUCUACUACGAGAUGCCGGACUUUGAUGUUGCACGCAUUUCUCCCUGGCUUCUUCGCAUUGAGCUGGACAUGAAGCGUAUGACAGACAAGAAGCUGACCAUGGAGCAAAUCGCGGAGCGCAUCAAUCAGACAUUCGGCUCGGACUUGAAUUGCAUCUUCAAUGAUGACAACUCCGAGAAGCUGGUGCUGCGUAUUCGACUGAUGACUAAUGACGAGGGAUCCAAGUUUGGGGAAGAGCAAAUGGACAAGAUGGAGGAUGACGUCUUCUUGAGGUGCCUGGAAGCUAACUUGUUGACAGAUAUGACCUUGCAGGGCAUUGAACAAAUUCACAAGGUCUACAUGAACUUGCCACGGGAACAGAACAAGAAGCGUGCCAUCAUCAACGAUCAGGGUGAAUUCAAGUUCAUCCAGGAAUGGAUCCUCGAGACUGACGGUGUGAAUCUGAUGCGCGUCUUGGCUGACCCAGAAGUAGACCCUGUGCGAUCCACAUCCAAUGACAUCUGUGAAAUCUUCACGGUCCUUGGUAUUGAGGCUGUACGCAAGUCUGUGGAGAAGGAACUUAACCACGUCAUUUCCUUUGAUGGAUCUUAUGUCAACUACCGUCACUUGGCAUUGCUAUGUGACGUGAUGACCAGCCGUGGAUUCUUGAUGGCAAUCACUCGCCAUGGCAUCAACAGGCGAGAAACCGGUGCUCUUGCUCGCUGUUCUUUUGAGGAAACGGUGGACAUCUUGAUGGAAGCUGCGGCGCAUGCCGAAGUUGAUCCACUGAGAGGUGUGAGCGAGAACAUCAUGCUUGGACAGAUGGGUCGUCUCGGCACCGGUGCGUUUGACCUACUGCUGGAUGCCGAGCGCUGCAAGAAUGGCCUGGAAGUGCCAGUGCCUGAUGUGCUUGCUCCUAUGGGUGGUCAGAUGGGUGCUGAUGGAAAUAGUAGUGCUGCUGGGUCCAACAACUUCUUCAGUCAGCAAUCUCCUGGUGCCAUGUCCCCCCAGAUGACGCCGUGGAAUCAGGGCACAACACCGGCCUACAUGGCUGGUGCAUGGACACCGGGUGGACAGACACCUGGCGGUGGCGGAGCAGCAUUCUCUCCGGCACCAUUCCAUGAUGGCAUGAGCCCGGGCCCAGGUUUCAGUCCUGGCUGGUCCCCGCAACCCGCCUCUCCUGGUUCUCCCAUGGCAAGCCCGUCGCCGUACGUCCCCAGCUCACCAUCAUACAGUCCAACGUCACCAUCAUACAGUCCAUCAUCACCAUCAUACAGCCCAACGUCGCCAUCAUACAGUCCAACAUCUCCUUCCUACAGUCCAACAUCACCAUCCUAUAGUCCGACUUCUCCUUCUUACUCGCCUACCUCACCAUCCUACAGUCCAACGUCACCAUCCUACUCACCAACAUCACCAUCCUACAGUCCUACGUCACCUUCUUACAGCCCGACGUCACCCUCCUACUCUCCUACGUCGCCAUCCUACAGUCCAACUUCACCCUCGUACAGUCCCACAUCGCCCUCUUACAGUCCAACAUCGCCCUCGUACAGCCCCACAUCACCCUCGUACAGUCCCACGUCUCCAUCCUACAGCCCUACGUCACCGUCGUACAGCCCAACAUCACCUUCGUACAGUCCGACUUCACCUUCGUACAGCCCAACAUCACCUUCAUACAGUCCAACAUCACCAUCCUACAGUCCAACAUCACCCUCUUACUCACCCACCUCACCGUCCUACUCGCCCACCUCACCCUCCUACUCACCCACCUCGCCGUCAUACAGUCCAACUUCGCCUCGCUACCCGAGCUAUUCGCCUAGCUCGCCUAGCUAUUCUCCAAGUUCGCCGAGCUAUUCACCCAGCUCUCCGAACUAUUCACCAAGCUCGCCCAGCUAUUCGCCCAGCUCGCCAAGCUAUUCACCCAGCUCGCCAAGCUAUUCGCCGAGCUCGCCCAGCUAUUCGCCCAGCUCCCCGAGCUAUUCGCCGAGCUCUCCGAGUUACUCGCCUAGUUCACCGAGUUACUCUCCCAGCUCGCCGAGCUAUUCGCCGAGCUCACCCAGCUAUUCGCCAAGCUCGCCUAGCUAUUCGCCAAGUUCGCCGAGCUAUUCUCCAAGUUCUCCGAGCUACUCACCUAGUUCUUCGCUGCAUCCACCUUGAUUUCGAUUUCCUUUGUGAAUGUUGCAUCCCGUCUCAUGCUGUUUUUGACUAAAUUAAUGAAAUGAAGAAAAAAAGGAAGAAAAAAUGGACUAUAAAAAAGUGAAUCCUUCAACCCAUACGUUCCAUGAAAUAUUUUUAAAAAAUCAUGAAACUCACUAUUUCUUCACACCAUGAAAUACAGUGUAUGGCUGGCCGUCCGUUUUCUUAUCUUGUUCUCAUUCUUUUCGCUGCUUGCUUUUUGUCCGGUCCAUUUUUGACACUUGAUAUAGGGGGGAACGUUGGAAGUUGUUUGGCUGUUAUUUUCCAUACGUCUUGUUUCUUUUACCCCGUUCGCCCAUGUGCACUAUGCUCUCUGUGUGUGCUCAUGCACUGAUGCACUGAUAAUGGCCUGCAUGAUCACACUCUUGACUUUUGCUAUGGACUAUUAUUGAUGUGUGCAUGCAGCACAUAUUGGUGCAUCUGUCGCUGCAUGAUGAUCAUCUACUGCGGUGUGACUGCUGCCGCUGCACGCGCGCUGCCGAUUUCUAGUUUUUAUUCCUAUUAUCUCUUGUCUGAACAUGUGCCAACAGAACCCGACUAUCUCUGAGUACUCCCUGAGCUCAUAUGCUAGAAAAAGUGUGCUGCAAACUCUGA